GAGAGCGGUGAGCGGCACCGGCACCGGCACCGGCGCGCCCGGGCCCCGGGGGUCCCGCUCCGGGCGGUGUCUGGCCCCGGAGCGGCUGCCAUGCAGGUCAGGAUGAUUUCGGCUGCCUCCGUCCUCGUCCUGCUCUUCCUGCCCUCGGAGACCUGCUCGCCGCUGCAGUGGCCCCGGGCUCCAUCCCACCGGCUGACCCUGGCUCCGCAACCCACCUGGGAGCCCUGGCCGGCAGUUCCGCGACCUCCGGUCCCCACCAGCGGCCCCUUGCCCCAAAGACUGUGCCAAGGCCACGGGGCAGAGCCCGCCACGGCCCCCCGCAGCCCGCGGGCUGUGCCGAGCGGCAAGAGGCGAGACGGCAAACCCAACUCCCUGGAUCUCACCUUCCACCUGCUGCGUGAGUUCCUGGAGAUGUCCCGAGAGGAGAGACUGGCACAGAAGGCCCUCAGCAACAAGCUCUUGCUGCAGAGUAUAGGAAAAUGAGGGGGGGGACACUGAUUUGAGGGGGGGAAUGAAGGAGCCUGACCCCGUAGCGAGCAGCCGCGGCACAGCGGAGCUGGGCGGAUGCUGCUGCCCGAGCCCCGGCUGGAGCCGUGCCCAGGGGUUGCCCUGGGCGGGGGGGGGUGGUCCUCAUCGCUGUCCCCCCGACGUGUUGCUCUUGCUGUUGUCCAUUAAAUUUGCACUCAUACCUGC